GACAUGAGUAGAAGCGUUAACAUACUUUCAUUGUAAUAUGUAUAAAUACAUGCCCGCGUACAGACAUACAUUAACAAAAAACAAACGCGCCUACAGAAACAAUAGCACAAUACCAGCAAUUAUACUAACAUUUGCACAUAAACGCGUACAUUCGAGUACACACACACACACACACACACACACACACACACACACACACACUCACACACGCACACACACGCACACGCACACACACACACACACACACACACACACACUCACAAUAUGUGCGUGUGCGCUCCUGCGACUUAAAUCAAGAAAGGCUACUGUAACUGUACCCUGUUCAACUCCGCUAUUUAUUGCAAGUGUCCGAGAAAUUCAGAGAAGGAGUUGCAAAGAUUUUGAAAACUAGCAGCACAUUGAGGUCGUGAUGGAGGCUUUUACACGUAACACUGACGACACUGCUGAAAGUGAAAAAAAUAAGGAGAAAUAUUUCCCCUUGAAGACAACCGAAGACAUUUCUUCCCAUGUCGACAGUACUAUGAAGUUGGAAGGCAAGGAUAUGAACGGUGUAGAGUUUGUUAACGUUGACGAAACAUCCCAUCUGGACUUGGACGACGACGAGGAAGAAAAUGUUCGACACUCCUGGGCGAGGAAGACAGAGUACAUUCUCUCCAUGAUUGGCUACUGUGUCGGCAUCGGCAAUGUUUGGCGUUUCCCAUACAUCUGCAUUCGGAACGGAGGAGGAGCAUUCCUGAUUCCGUUCAUCAUAUGUUUGCUGCUCUGUGGCUUGCCGCUGUACUUCAUGGAAGUAGCCCUGGGACAGUUUCUCGCAAAGAGCUCCUUGCAUGUCUUCGAAAUUUGUCCCUUGCUGAAAGGUGUCGGUGUUGCAGUGAAUUUGAUGUCCCUUAUCUGUGCAUGCGAGCAAUCUAUGAUCAUAGGAUGGAUGCUGAUUUUCCUCCCCCACUGUUUUCGCGACCCUCUUCCCUGGACAUUAUGUGGCCAGUGGUGGAAUUCUGACAAGUGCGUGCCCACCAUCGGCCAAACACAAGCUGGCGCUGUAGGAAAUGGUACUAUGAUAGGCAUGGAUGGAUUGGUUCGUGCAGGCCACAAUAUUACCUUCACGGCAGAUGAUAACAACUUUACAGAGAUGGUCAUCAACAGCAGCGUAGCCAAUCGUACGACGACGAAGUCUGCCAGUGAAGAAUUUUGGCUGAACAACGUUCUAGAACUGUCUCCUGGAUUUGAGCAUUUGAACGGUCUCCCGUGGCACACCAGCCUGGCGCUUGCAGUCUCAAUCCUUGUCACAACCUUAGGAAUUAUAAAAGGCGUCAAGUCUGUCGGAAAAGUGGUGUAUGUGACGGCCACCCUCCCGUACAUUCUCAUCACCAUUCUCAUCAUCAAGGGCGCCACGUUGGAUGGGGCAGGGGACGGUGUAUUAUUUUACCUCAAGCCAGACUUCAGGGACUCGGUAGUGCUGACUCUUGUGUGCGAGGGGUCAAGUUUCUUUGCUGGAUUCGCCAUCUUCACAGUCCUCGGGCACAUGUCGCACGUUCUAGGCGUCCCGAUACAACAGUUCUCUCAGUCUGGAGCCGGCCUGGCGUUCGUAGUUUACCCAGAGGCCAUUUCUUAUCUCCCUGUGCCACAACUGUGGGCUGUCCUUUUCUUCGGCAUGCUGCUCACAGUGGGUCUGGACUCACAGUUUGUCAACUUUGAGACAGCUCUCACCACCAUUGCUGACAUGUGGCCCAAGUUCGGAGGACGCCGGGAAGCUAUAGGCAAAUGUCUCUUCAUGACUCUCAUAUUUUUAAUUUGUCUUCCUCUGGCCACAAGGGGAGGAAUGUACAUUUUUCAACUGAUCGACUGGUAUUUGUCCGCUGUCACUACGGUCUGUGUUGGUGUACUGGAGUGUGUCAUGGUCUCCUGGGUGUACGGUGCACAUCGUUUCUUGAAAGAUGUUGAGCUCAUGAUAGGAAAGAAACCGCCCUACAUUUUUGUCGUCCUGUGGAGGUUCGUCACGCCGGCAAUGCUAUCGGUAGUGUUUGUCUUCACCCUGAAAUCCUACACCCCCCCGACUGUGGACCAGUAUGUGUAUGGAGAGGUUCUCCAGGCUUGCGGCUGGGUUCUCUCUGUAUCCACAUUUGUUCCCAUCCCAGCAUGGGCCAUCUAUAAGCUGUACACAACUCAGGGAAACAUCUUCGAGCGCUUGAGGACAACAUGCACAGCUUCCAGCCAGUGGCGACCUGCGGAACCAAGUCUCAGAGAGCAGUAUCUUUUGAGUACCAAACAUGAAUCGCCAUGCGCUGUACGCUUACCUUGCUACAGAUCUUAGAAGGGUUUGUAAGAUGUUAAAAAAAGAAGUCCUCUUUUUUAAAAAAGCAAAGAUGAUACAUUUCACCUGUGAUUUCUGAUAAUCAAUGUACCCUUAAGGUGGGUCAACCAAUGGCCUCCUUAAACUCCUGUUUCUAUAUUAUUUUCUAGAAUAGAGUUUCAACACCACUUGCGUAUUUACUGAUUUUGGCUGAAGGCAUUUUGCCCGGUGCUUUAAACCAGACUUGAUAGUUUUUUUUUAAGGAAAUAGUAAACACAUUCUUAGGAGAAUAAAAUAUCUGACUUUCCGCAA